AUGACGACAGCAUCUCAACUUGGGACUACAGUGGCCCAGCCCGCUAGUUUGCACGAAGAUCUUGGAAAAGAUGUCUCAAAUUCAGCCUCUGGAGCCAACGAGUACGCAGAUUCCGAGGAAAACUAUAAGCCCAAAACGCUCAAGUUUUGGCUCGUCAUCAUAUCGAUCUAUCUGGCCUUCUUCCUCGUCGCUCUCGAUCGUAUGAUCAUUGCUACUGCUAUACCAGCAAUUACAAACACGUAUGGAACCAUCGCGGAUAUUGGAUGGUACGGCAGUGGCUAUAUGCUUACGUGCGCAAUCUUCAAUCCACUCUUCGGCAAGAUAUACCAGCUUUACGAUACUAAAUGGACGUUUCUGGUAUCAAUCUUCCUGUUUGAAGUCGGCAGUGCAUUGUGUGGGGCCGCACCUACCUCUGUUGUUCUCAUCGUCGGUCGCGCAGUCGCUGGCAUUGGAGCAGCUGGGCUUCAGUGCGGUGCGGUCAUGAUCAUCGUACCUCUCGUACCACUGCGAAGGCGACCCAUUUUCACUUCCUUUCUCGGUCUCGCAUUUGGAGUGUCAUCUGUAUUGGGGCCCUUCAUUGGAGGCACCUUCACGGAUAACCCGACUUUGACCUGGAGAUGGUGCUUCUAUAUAAACCUACCCAUCGGCGCCUUGACCUUCGCAUGCGUGUUCUUCUUCCUGCAUCUGCCUUCUGCGCCUAAAGAGAAGCUGUCCAUUCUCGUUCAGCUCAAGCGCCUCGACCCAAUAGGUCUUCUCUUCUUCGUACCUUCUAUGGUAUGCCUCAUCCUCGCUCUCCAGUGGGGAGGUACGACCGAUCCAUGGUCAGCACCGAGAAUCAUCGGCCUGCUCGUCACGUUUGCAGUUACUUUCAUCGCAUUCCUGGUGGUGGAAUUUACGAUGCCAGAUACAGCCAUGGCUCCGCCUCGGGUUAUCUUGAACCGCUCGAUGGGCGGUGCCAUGCUGUUUGUCUUCCUCCUCGCCGGAGGUAUGAUGAACGCUGUAUACUACGUCGCCAUUUGGUUCCAGGCAGCCCAGGGCCAGUCUGCCAUGCAGGCUGGUGUACGCACGAUCGCUUUAUGCACAUCGCUUAUUGUCUUUGGCAUUGUUACAGCGGUGGUAACUCAGAAGAUCGGCUACUAUGUUCCUGCUAUGCUCCUUUCGGCCGUUGUCGCAUCAAUCGCCAUAUUCUUCCUAAAUCAACAGGGUGGUGCUAUCUUCCUUGCUGUUGGACAAAAUCUGUUCUCAACUCAGCUUGUAAAGCAACUAUCGGGCAACUCCGAUCUCGAUACCGAAGCAAUCAUCAACACUGGUGCGACAGAUCUGCGGCAAGUGGUACCGGCGAAGGAUAUCGACACGGUGGUGUCAGCGUACAGUUACUCGAUCACUCGGGCGUUCCUGCUAGCAGCAGCACUCAGCGCAUGCAUGAUUCUUGGAGCGUUGAUGGUGGAGUGGAGGAGCAUUAACGAAGGCGCAGGGAAGUCGGCAAAACAAGCUUCAAAAGACGUAGAGAAGGAGGCUGCUUGA